AUGCCCAUGAACAAGACAAGAACAGGACACGCCGGGCCUCAAAUGCCAGAACGCAAUGGUAGCCUUGUCGGUGAGUUCGAUCCGGACACCAGACAAUGUCCAGUUGAGCCUCAAGGCAACAGGACGGAAACACGAGCUCUCCAUGCAUCGACAGAACAGGACUGGACAGCCAAGUUGCAGAGACGACGAAGGGGGGGCUGGCAUGCGCCUCGUUCCGCACCUCGUUAUGCCUGUCUUGAACCUCUCCCCUCCCCAGCUCUGCUCCGGCAUGCUCCCUGUCUGACCCUGCCGAGCCGCACAUGGAACCCCUCUACCAUGCUUUUUAUGGACCACACAAGAUACUAA